AUGGUUAUAAAAUGCGUCAACAUUUCAUAUUUUUCAGAAAAUCUCGGUAAACUUUUCAGCCUAAUGGAUCCAAACUCUCCUGAGAGAGCAGCAUUUGUAUCCAGAGCACUGAAGUGGUCUAGUGGAGGUUCAGCAAAACUCGGACACCCAAAGUUACACCAACUGUUGGCAGUCACGCUAUGGAAAGAACAAAACUAUAGUGAAUCUCGGUAUCACUUCCUUCAUUCAGCAGAUGGGGAGGGUUGUGCAAAUAUGUUAGUAGAAUAUUCUGCGUCAAAGGGUUACCGGAAUGAAGUGGACAUGUUUGUGGCUCAGGCAGUCUUACAGUUUCUCUGCUUAAAAAAUAAAAACACUGCAUCGCUGGUCUUCACAACUUACACAGAGAAGCAUCCCUCCAUAGAAAAGGGGCCUCCGUUUAUACAGCCCUUGUUAAACUUUAUUUGGUUCUUAUUACUUGCUGUUGAGGGGGGCAAGUUAACCGUUUUUACAGUGUUAUGUGAACAGUAUCAGCCAUCUUUAAAAAGAGAUCCAAUGUACAUUGAGUAUCUCGAUCGAAUAGGUCAGAUCUUCUUCGGAGUUGCACCAAGACAGACAUCCUCAUAUGGGGGCUUAUUAGGUAACCUUUUGAACAGUCUGAUGGGUACAGGAGAGGAAGAUGAAGUGGAUGGAGAAGGACCGGAAGAUGUCAAUCCCAUUGACCUUGACUAAGAAGAAAAUUAACUUUCUGAUCUAAAGGUCUAGAGACAAUAUUCCACUGAGGUGUCUAAUGAAUGAUCUGCUUAUACAAGAAAUAGAAACAGCUAUACCGUGGGACAUUUUAUAUGACAGUUUCACAGCUGAGCAUCUGCAAAGGGCUGUCUUUCCCUUUCUACUGAAGGAGGUGCAACAAAUAAUUUCCUAUUACUGUCUCUAUUGGAAAUGCUGUAUUAUUUAUGUUCAGUAGAUAUUUCAUGAUUUAAAGAACUGGUUCCAAUUGGCUGUGUGUUGACUGAUGUAAAGUUUUUGUCUUUCUAGAUUAUUUUACAUAAGAUUUAAAUACUUUACAGCUUUGUACUCAGACACUGGUACAUUGGCACUACACAUAGGUAGUCUCAGCUAUGAUGUAAAACCACUAAGCAAAUUCUGCCAAGAAGAAUUGAGACAUCUCAACUUGCUAAAACUAGCUCUUGUUUAACACAUCAGAGUGGUUGUCAAUAGGAACAAAAGAAAAGCUGUAGGGAUCAGCAGCACUUGAUUUAACCUACACAAUUGGUGUAGCUUUUGCGCACAGAUAACAAAGGAUCAUGCACAAAAAUGGGCUUAAUUAUUUCUGAACCAAUAAACAACAUUAAAGAA